UUCCGCCAUCAACUCACCGGAAUUGAUAAGGAAAAACCCUUAUCACCUAGAAUUCGUCGGUUUAGUUUAGUUUGUGUUGUAUUUUUUUCUAUUUUUAUAGGUAGUCGCCUUCGAAAUUAUCGCUCAACAAGGAUUUUGUAGCAUUUUAAGACGGAUUAUAAUAUAGCUAUGUUGGAUUUAGAGUUUGAUUACUUUUUGGAAGAGGAUAAAAUAUAAAGUUUUAAACUGCAGAAAUCGAUUUAUUCUACUAUCGUGUGAACAAAUUCCAGGUGAAAAUAGUGAUAUAAAUUAAAAUGGAGUCCUCAUCCGAAGAAUUACUUCUUAAAUUUUUAGAGAAUAAAAAUGGAGCUCCAAAACCCGUCGAUUCUCCCAGUCUCAACGAAGAUUCGCCCAAAACCGGCGAUGAUUCGUCGAUUACACCUGAAUUAGAGGUGAUUCAAUUCGACUUGUGCCCUAUUGAGUUGCACCUGAAGGAAAACACAAUGGGCAUGACAGUAACAUCGGGCAGUGUCGCCAUACGCAAAGACAACAACAACCUGAUCGGUAUAAGCAUCGGGGGCGGUUCGCCCCUGUGCCCCUGUUUGUACAUCGUUCAAAUAUUCGAUAACACCGCCGCCGCCAGGGACGGCACCCUUCAAUCCGGCGACGAGCUGGUCUCGGUAAAUGGACAAUCAGUGAAAGGAAAAACCAAAGUCGAAGUCGCCAAGAUGAUCCAAGCUGCGAAGGAAGAAGUGGUGAUAAACUACAACAAAUUGCACGCCGAUCCGAAGCAAGGAAAAAGCCUGGAUAUCAUAAUGAAGAAGAUGAAACAUCGAUUGGUGGAAAACAUGAGCUCGUCUACAGCCGACGCUUUGGGACUCUCGAGGGCUAUCUUAUGUAACGACACGUUGGUGAAGAAGAUGCAGGAACUCCAAGAUACGGAAGUUAUGUACAGGGGCUUGGUGGAUCAUUGCAAAAGAAUGCUACAGGCGCACAUGGAGCUGCAGCAAGCUAUAAAAGCCAUGGGGGAAGUUUUCUCCGGAAUCGCGGUGAGGGAACCCCAAGAAAGAGCGAGUGAAGCCUUCAGAUUGUUCGGCGAACAACACAGGAACAUUGAAAAAGCCGGAAUGGAAAUGGUGAAGAAAGUCAAACCGGUAUUAUCAGAUGUCGGAACUUACCUCUACAAAGCUAUACCUGAUACCAGAUUGACAGUGAAAAAAUACGCCGACGCUAAAUUCGAAUAUUUAGCUUAUUGCUUGAAAGUUAAAGAAAUGGACGAUGAAGAGUGCAGUUACGCGGCCUUACAAGAACCUUUAUACAGAGUGGAAACUGGAAAUUAUGAAUACAGACUGAUUCUUCGUUGUCGCCAGCUAGCCAGGGCGCGAUUCGCCAAGCUCAGGGCCGACGUUUUGGUAAAAAUGGAAUUGCUGGAUAACAAACACGUCCAAUCGCUCGGAGGUCAUUUGGUGAAAAUUAUCCACGGCUUGUCGGAGCUUCAUUCGAAGACGUUCGAAUUGUGCAGCGGUCCACAGCUGUUUCCAGUCGAAGUGGAUCUGUCCAACAGCGCUUUCCAGUACAAAUCCACUACACCUUUGGCUCAAGAUAACUACGAAGAUGAUAAUGACGAUAAAGAGGUGGAAGAAGGGGAGGAAAUCAUAGAAAUGAAAAACAAGCUCAUUGAAGAUGAACCGACGGAGAUGCUGCUACCUGAUUUACCUGGUGAUGUUCAGAACGAACCAAACUACGACCAAAUGGAUAAUUGGUCGAGGUUGUCUUCACUUUGUAUCGAAAAUCCUCAGUUCAAACCUCUACUUUCUGAUAUAGAUUAAUGUCGUAUGAUUUAUUUUAGAGGAUUUAUUGUUGAUUUAUUAUGUUUAUCAAAUAUAUAUUUAUACCUGAUUCAA